UUUACUCUCUACCUGCAUUGACUGUGAGGAUGGAGUGAUGCAGAGAGAGGUGAGGACAGGGUCAUUUUUCAGGAGAAACUGAGAUAUAGAGAUAGGUCUUGAUACACGCCUUAGCGGUUUAGAGAAGACUUGUGAGACGAUACACUCAACAAAUUAGGACGGUUAAUCUUUGGAAUAAGAGGGAUUGCGUGUCGAAAAGAAUGGAGAAGAGGAGGAACAGAGAGAUGAUGACAACAUGGAAAGUUUUUCAUAUCUUCUUGCUGCUUCUGGCUCUGCUCCAAACCCCCACACCCUCCAUAGCUCAAAACACCACCACCACCACCACCACCAGCACUUCAGCACCCAGCCCAGCAGCUCUCACUUACAGCACACGCCCAGCUGAUGUCACAGUGGCAGUGGGAGAACCUGCGUGGUUUAGCUGUGGCGUGCCCGAAGCUUCUCCCAGUCUCUCGUUCACCUUUUAUGGUAGUCACGGCAACUACACCCUCAUCUGCCCCAAUGACCAUCUGGAAGAUAUCCCUGAGGCCCUCUAUGGAAACUGUGAAGUGAAGAACGGAGAAUCACUGGCUGUGUGGACCCUCAGGGGAACCUCUUUCUCUGACAAUGGCACACGAGUCGUGUGUCGGCGGUCAGAGGAUCCGGACUCACUGGCUGCUGUCCUUCAUGUUUAUGAUAAUGGCACUAGCUAUGCCAUUCUCAUCGGCUGCACCAUCGGGGGCUUCUUUGGCCUCCUGCUGGUGUGUGGUUUAUCUUACACGAUGCUGUGGAGAUCAGAUAGUUUCCGCAAGUGCUUCAGGGUAAAAGAGACAGAAGACGAUCUGACAGAGAUUGUGACGAAGGACACGAAGAAGAUAAAAAGCUGAGAUGGAGAUGAUGUGGCUUGUAAACAACCCCUGUGAUGAGCUUCCUUCACUUUUCUUAGUUGUUCUGUUUUUGAAAGCUGAAGUAAACCCAGAUCCGAAGAUGCUGUUGUCUGAAAUGCAUGAGUCCAGAUCCAUUGUAACUCUCUCUAAUUGUGCACAAUGAUCACUUCAAACAAUACACCAAAAUGAUUAAAAUAUAAUUUCCAACA